CCACAACAAUACACUGAACUCUUAUUUGCAUUGCAGAUAUUCAUUAUUUCGAUUAGUUUUUUUUUCUUGUGCUUUUCAUUAUAAUCCAAUCAUAAUGACUUAUUACAAACAUUUUAUCGACAUCUUUUAGUUUAUGUUAACUAAUCAUUAAUAAUUAGGUGUUAUAUCACAUCACCAUGGUGUCCCUGAGUUACUAGGAUACAUGCGAUUAAAAACAGGGAUAAGAUUAUAAUAAAUACCAUUUUAUACAUUGUUUCGAAUCAGUGCAAUCCUCCUACGAAUAAAUACAUCAAUAAUUCAUAUUUCAAUGAGAAUCAUGUACUACUUACAUUCACUUCUGCUUGUGAUCGUAUCACUGAUCAAUACUAAAAGUAAUUUUGUACUUCGUCCUACAAAUCAGAUUACACGUAUUGGGGCUACAAUACACCAUUCAUGCAGUGUUAUCAAUACACCUGUUUUCAUUGAGUGGUAUUUGAAUACUAAUAAAAUUGGGAGCUGUCUGUUUCAAACCAACACAACUACCAGAAAUUUUAAUGAUCCAAAAUUUAAAGUUAUUAUUGGACGAUACUCUGAAAAAAUGAUGGCUAUGUGUGAACUUAUUGUUUCCAAUAUAGACUUUGCUGAUACUGGUGAAUACAAGUGUAAAACUAUUCAUCCGGAUUCUGAAAGUGAAUCAGCUUCUGCUUAUGUUCUUGUCGCAAAUCCUAUUCGGGAACUUCAAUUAUAUGUAGAUAAUGAAACUUCUCUGUCGGUUGGUCAACGUACUUAUGUUGAAUGUAAAGCACGUGCAGGAAAACCAACACCUCAGAUUCGUUUGAAUUUAGGUGGAAUUCCUAUUUCUGAAGCUCGUGUUGUACAAAAAGUUGAUGUUGAAGGUUUAAUUACUUCAACCGCUACAGCAAACAUAAAGCUGACCAAUACAAAUCACUGGCAACUACUGACGUGCCAUGUCGAUAUGCAAUCAUAUCGAAAUGUUAAUCAAACUUUCAAAGUUAUCCACCUUAUUGAUUAUGAUCCUCUACGUGUAUGUGAGCUGAAUUAAAUGUCACUUCUUUCUGGUAGAUGCAGAUCAAAACAUUUAAAUUGGUCAUUACGACCCUAAGACUUUUCACAUAGAUGUAGUGAGUAAUUCACAAUGUUUUCAAAUGAAGAUCUAUCGUAUUACAUAUCUAGAGUAGGUGUUCUUUUUCAAUUACGAUAUUAGCUAAAUUUGUGCAACUGAAGAAAGGACAGAUUACGUAUCAGAUGGCAAUAGACUAUUGUAUUCCACAGAUUUUCUUGAUAACAGACUCAAUACGAAGUGAAAUUCACUUUUUUCAUCUGCUGUAAGCUGUUGGAAGCAGAUAACACACACUACAAAGAUUCAGACUUUAUCUGCUAUGCUCACGUCAUCCAGUUUCUGACAACUUUUCAGUAUAUGCAUGUCUACUUCUUACUGGCGAAUAUUUUAUCGGUACGGUUUUCUCCACACAUCUGGAUUUUCUACCAUAUCUAGCAGUUUUAUAACCCUGUUUCUUCAGUAUUUACUUAUAUUUUCCAACUCAGUAAUAUGCUUCAAAUUGUAACCACUUCUUUUCUCUAUAUGAUCACUAAAGACUUCACAAUCAUAUAUAGUGUUCAGCUCCUCCACACAGUUCUCGGGUGCAACUCAUGUAAUGGAUUUCUUCAAUCUGUCACGGCAAAGCUGUAGGUCAUUCGUUGAAGUGGACUUCCAUUAACUAGACCAUGGGGUUUUAGACCCCCCUGGACCUAUUAGGCUUUGG